AUGCGUAGAAGUAACAUUAAAAAUUCUGAAUUUAAGACACCUUUCAAGAAUCCGUCUGUUAUAUUAACUACAGUUACGGAAACAACAACAAAACCAGCUACAAUAGCACCGGCACGAGAAUUUCAGCUUAAACCACGUGAUAGGCUUCAAUUUAAAAGAGAUAAAUUACCAAGAAAUGCUAGAAAACGUAUGAAAGUUGUUGAUAAAGGUGACGAUAACGAUGAUUCAGAUUCUUUUAAUGACUUUGCUGAUUUGCAACCAGAGUCUGGCUCAGAUAGUGAAUAUGAAGAUGAAGAAUACACUCAUAAAAAUAAUAAAAAAAAUAAUUUGCAAAAUAAUGUUAAUAGACAACUUGGCAUGAAAAAAUUAUCAUUAACAAGGAGACCAUUAGCACCAUUAAAUCAAAACAAUUCACAGCAACAAAAUGAUAAUGCAUCUUCGCCAGUUAAAAUUGGUUGUGGUGGAAACAAAGUUCCCAAUGAUUCAUUUAAAAAAUUGUUUCGUCCUUUCAAAAUGCCAACAUUUACUAGUAAAUUAAAUGAAAAUGGUGGUGUUGAUCUAUUUGAUAAUCGACCUGUAUUAGGAGGUUGGCGAAGACCAGCCACAAAAGCUUUACAUGACCCAACAUCUGAAAAUGCAAUCAUAUUAUAUGAUCCCGAAGAAGAUGAUGGCGGUAAUUCAAAAAAGAUCCAGGGAAAAACUAUUUCUGAAAUUCUAGGAUAUAAACAAGUUAAAUUUGAUAAAGUACAUGUCGUCGUUGAUCCAUUAUUGGGGAAAAAACUUAGACCACAUCAAGUUGAAGGUGUAAAAUUCUUGUAUAAUUGUACAACUGGAAAAACAUUUCCUGAUGCUUUUGGAUGUAUAAUGGCUGAUGAAAUGGGAUUGGGAAAAACUCUUCAAUGCAUUGCUCUUUUAUGGACACUUUUACGUCAAUCACCAGAACCUAAUAAAGGUACAAUUGAUAAAUGUAUUAUCGUAUGUCCUUCAAGUCUUGUACAUAAUUGGGCUAAUGAAUUAGUUAAAUGGCUCGGUUCAAUAAGAAUUAAACCAUUGGUUAUGGAUAAUAAGAGCAAAGAUGUUUUGGUAAAAGAUUUAAGACAUUUUUCUGGUGCACAAGGUCGAAUGAUUACACAACCAGUCUUGAUUAUUUCAUAUGAGUCGCUUCGAGGAAAUAUAGAAGAAUUAAAAAAUACUGAAAUUGGUCUUUUAUUAUGUGACGAAGGACAUAGAUUAAAAAACUCAAAUUCUUUAACCUUUCAAACAUUAAAUUCCCUUAAUGUCCAACGAAGAGUAAUUUUAUCAGGGACGCCUAUUCAAAAUGAUCUUUCUGAAUACUUUUCAUUACUAAAUUUUGCGAACCCUGGUCUUCUUGGCACACCAAAUGAAUUUCGUAGAAAUUAUGAAAAUCCAAUUCUUCGCGGUAGAGAUGCAAAUGCCAGUGAAAAAGAUAGAGAAAUAAGUGACCAGAAAUUAUCUGAUUUGUGGGGAGUUGUUAGUAAAUUUAUUAUUAGAAGAAGCAAUGAUAUUUUAUCUAAAUAUUUGCCUGUCAAGUAUGAAUAUGUAGUAUUUUGUCGAUUGAGUAAAUUUCAAGCUUCUUUAUAUAAUUUCUUUAUUACAUCUCCCGAAAUUCAAAAACUUUUACGUGGUGCUGCUUCACAACCUCUUAAAGCAAUUACAAUUCUUAAGAAGUUAUGUAAUCACCCAGAUUUACUCGAUCUACCUAGGGAUCUUCAAGGAUCAGAAGAAUGUUAUCCAACAGAUUAUUCGAUCAAAGAGAAGUUAAGAUGCGUUAGACCAGAGUUUUCUGGGAAAAUGCUAGUUCUAGAUAGAAUGUUGGAAGAAAUCAACAAAAAUUCCAAUGAUAAAAUUGUAUUAAUAUCAAAUUACACGCAAACAUUGGAUAUAUUUGAAAAGCUAUGUCGGAACAGAAAGUAUGGAUGUCUAAGAUUGGAUGGUAGUAUGGCGAUAAAGAAAAGACAAUCACUUGUUAGUCGAUUCAAUGAUCCAAAAGGAAAGGAAUUUGUUUUCCUAUUGAGCAGCAAGGCUGGUGGUUGUGGUUUGAAUCUCAUAGGAGCUAACAGGCUUGUUUUAUUCGAUCCUGCAACAGGAACCAUUGAAGAAAAGAUCUUUCAACGUCAAUCACACAAACAAUUACUCUCUUCAUGUGUUGUUGAUGAAGAUGCAGAUGUUGAACGUCACUUUUCAGCUGAAUCGUUACGGCAAUUAUUUCAAUUUGAUCCAAACACUAUGUGUGAUACUCAUAGCACCUUUAAAUGUUAUAGAUGUGUUAAAGGAGUACAGAGGAUAGCUAGAAAUCCGGGUGAAACUAUGAAUUAUGGUGAUACAAGCUCAUGGGAUCAUUUUACUGGUGGCGAUGAUUUAUUAAAAAUUCACGAUGAAAUAUUGAAACUUGAAACUGGCAAAGGAAUAGUAACAGAUGCUCAUUAUUAUUAUAAACUUAAUAGUAAUUGA